AUGAAUAAUGAAAUUCAUAAAAUAAACCCUUUGUAGAGAAACGCUUUCUAAGUAAAAGAAAGCAAUUGCUUUAAUAAUAUGAAAAAACGACAAUUUGAUAACAAUAGUUUGAGUAAAGAAAAAGAGAAAUAUUUUUAGAAAAAGUUAACCUUAAAAUUAUAUCUUGGUUUCGAUCAAAUUUAAUAUUCAGAGCAACCAAAUUGUUGUAAAAUAAUUUUAAUUCCAUUGCCAUUCUCAUAAAAAUAUCAGAAAUUAUAUAUAAUUGAUUCAUUUUUCACUUGUAAUGAGGAUAAAUCAAACUUUCAAUGCACAUGUUCAUUCGAUCUCUCAACAAAUGAAAGUAUUAUUAUUAACUAGACCUAUGAAUUUAAAAAUUUAACAAUAUACAGUCUCUAAUUAAAUGCCAAACAAUAAUCCUUUAUUAUUUAUCAUUGCUUACAGAAAGAUCUUACAAUCAGAAUGAUAGAUAAUAAAACUAUAGAUGCUUAGAUAUAUAUUUAUCAGCAUUAUUAAGAAGGAAUAAAUUUUCAUUAUCUCGAAUUAAUGAUUAUGAUACCUUUAAAUGAUAGUGAAUUUUUAUAAAGAAAAAUGCUACAAAAGAUAUUCGACCAUAAAUUAUCCUACUUGUUAAAUCAAGGAAACGCAGCAUAUUAUCAAUUAAAAUCACAGGCUCAUUUCUUUAUAUUUUUGAUCUAUAGAUUAUUAACAUAUUUAUUCACAUGGACUUUAAUGGAUUUAUACAGAUUUCAAGUGAUUAUUGAUAUAUGUAUUAAUAUAUAUAAGUGA